GGUCGCUUGAAAGAGAUGGCGGGCGAUUUUGAGUGGAUUUGACUUUUCACUCUGCCACUGAUCUUCGUCGCAUGUAUAGAUUCAGUUUUCCUCUACUUCUGCGAAAAUACGGCAGUGGGACCAAGCAGUCAGUUUCUUCUAAUAGAUUAAAGGUAUUAAGAUCGAAGCUAGCCCUAGGAACAUGCAGUAUACUGUGUGGAUAUGUUGGGUUUUUAUUGCUUACGGAUAGUGAAGACACACCAGAAUACUAUCCUCGUCAUAUAACUGCUUCACUUUUUCGACACGUCCCACUGAACAGUCUGUCUAAAUUUUGGGGUCGGUUGGCUGAAUGUCAUAUCCCAGUGUUCUUAAGACCUAUAAUCUACCAUUCCUACUCACAUCUGUUCCAUUGUGAUCUAAGCGAAGUUGAAAACCCUGACUUAAAAAGCUAUACGUGUCUAUCAGAUUUUUUUGUUCGAAAGAUUGCUACCAACAAACGACCUAUUAAUUAUUCAGCAUCAUUGGUUAGUCCCGUUGAUGGUGAAGUACUCCAUUGUGGUCCGAUUAAUUCAAAAAAUGCUGUUUUAGAACAAAUUAAAGGAGUUCGCUAUUCAUUAAAUGAAUUUCUUGGUCCAGUGGGAAGCAUAGAAAGUUUAAAUGGAAAGAAAUCUGACUGUACCCUUUAUCAAUGUGUUAUUUAUUUAGCUCCAGGAGAUUACCAUCGAUUUCAUAGUCCUGUUGAAUGGAGUCCUACAGUAAGACGGCAUUUUCCAGGCAGAUUACUUUCAGUACGUCCGAAUAUUGCUGGACGUCUACCAGGUCUAUAUACUAUCAACGAACGUGUAGUUUAUUUAGGAGAAUGGGAUCAUGGAUUAAUGUCAUUCGCAGCAGUUGGCGCAUUCGGUGUUGGUAACAUACAUGUAAAUAUCGAUCCAACAUUGAUUACAAAUAAGAAAGAAGAUAAUGCAUUACGUUUUCGUUCUUCAACUACAUCAAUAAUGAUUAAUCAAGAAUAUAAACCACCAUACUUAGAAGCAAUAUUUAAUGGUGAAAUCAAACUAAAGAAAGGUGAUGAAUUAGGCUGUUUUCGUCUAGGAUCUACAGUUGUUCUGGUUUUUGAAGCACCUACAAAUAAAUUGAAAUGGUGUGUAAAGCCUGGUCAACGAGUUAAACUUGGUGAACCAAUUAUAAUGGAUUGCUAGAUUUUUCUUUAGUGUAUUUAACACCAUAAGUGUUAUCAUUCUUUGUACAUUAAUCUGUGACAUAUGAUGUUUAGGUAAAUGAAUAAUUUCAUUGUGAUAAUAUGUAAAUAAGAACAAUUAUAUCUUAA